GGUUGGUUUGCUGCAAACGGUGACGAAUUUGUCGACGACAACUACGGAAUCUAUCGAGCUGAGAAUAAACAAUAAGAAAAUAAACAAAUUCAUAUAAAAAAAAACACAAUAAAAGGAAGUAGAGAAAGAAUAUUUAUCUUGAGGCGCGUUACGCUAAAGAAAACGAGAGAACGCUUACUCGUUUGCGGAAUUAUGAAAGAAUUGGCUUAAGACCUAACAACGAAGCUAAAUAUUGAAGAGCAGCAAAGCAGCAGAAACAUUCGAGUAUUCCAGCCGCAAACAUGAACAGUGAUGAGGUUCAAAUAAUCAAGAAGACAUGGGAGAUUCCCGUGGCGACACCAACAGACUCUGGGGCUGCUAUACUCGCAUUGUUUUUCAAUCGCUAUCCGUCCAACUUGGAGAAAUUUCCAUUCCGUGAUGUGCCACCGGCCGAAUUAAGCACUAAUUCACGCUUUAGGGCGCAUGCCGGACGCAUCAUUCGCGUUUUCGAUGAGUCCAUUCAGGUGCUUGGACAGGAUGGUGACCUGGAGAAGCUGGAUGAGAUAUGGACUAAGAUUGCUACCAGCCACAUACCACGCAAAAUCUCCAAAGAGUCUUAUAACCAACUGAAAGAGGUAAUUCUGGAAGUGCUUACGGCUGCAUGCAGUCUUAGUGAGAGUCAAGCACAAGCGUGGGCUAAACUGGUGGAUCAUGUCUACGAUAUCAUCUUCAAGGCCAUUAAUGAUGAUGGAGAUGCCAUCUGAAGUGACGCCAUCUGAGAUGGGGACUGGGGUGACAGAAAAUAGCUCAUAAUGCAAGACACGGCUUACGUAGUUUUAAGUAAACAAUUAAUAAUAAAUGUUAGCUAUUUUCAUUUUGUAUUUGUGAGUAAAAGUCCACACGCAAUGAUACAAACACAAAUACAUGAAAUCUCACAUACACUCAAUACACUAACACAGUUGCACAUUGCUCUGUAAAGCUUUAACCCAUUGUCAGCCUUAAGCAAUAAAUAAUAAAAAAUAAAAAAUAAAA